AUGUUCGCGACAUUCUUUGGGCGGCGGGCAGAGCCGGAGUUUAAGGUGGUGUCCGACCCCGAGUCUAUCGUGUUCCCAGUCGACUUCGAUGCCCCAGACUAUCCUUACGAGCACGCCUUCGAGGAGGCAGAUGCGUACGUGCGAAAGCUGCCCAUGCGGGGGGUUGUCCCUGUCUCUGACGUGCUGAGGCUGCAGUUCUACUCCCUCUUCAAGCAAGCAACACAGGGUGACAUCAAGGAGGACGUGAAGCAGCCGAGCAUGCUGCGGGACUGGGAGGGGUACUGGAAGGUGCACGGCUGGCGCAAGUGUCGCGGGAUGACCCGUGAGAGGGCGCGUGACUUGUACAUUGACCUGUUAGACUUGCAGAUUCGCAAGCACUGCACCUUUGUGUGGGGUGCCCCAUCCGGUGAGGAUCGGUGGGCCGCCUUCCACGAUGGUGUGAGGAUUAUCCGGAACCUUCCAAAGGGCGGCUACUACCUCCCCGAUUCGCUGCGCGCGCACUUCUAUGCCCUCUACAAGCAGGCGCUUGUGGGAACCCUCAGCGACUUCCAGAAGACCCCCGCUGCGCUCUCAGAGAAGCGGUACAAGUGGCUGCGCUCUCGCCCAUUGAAGGCGGGUUUUGAGCAGAUGCGGUACGACGAGUGGGCGGCUCUGAAGGGGAUGAGCUGUGAGAAGGCGAAGCGCAUGUACUGUAAGGAUAUUUUCAAGAGCGCCGCCAUGUGCGGCUAUGUGUGGGCGCCCCCGGGUACAGAGGACCACCUCAAGGUGAUCGGCGAUCAGACUAGCGCCAAAACGCUCAAGAAGCGCAUCGAUGCUGACGAGCAUGCCGAGAGGAUCGCAGGGGCAAUGCAUUUCACCAUGGAGGAAGCUAUGGACGCCGUCGGCGUGCAUUUGUCGAUUGUGGAGCGGCUGACGAUGCACUCCUUCACGAAGAAGGAGCAGACCGCCGCUGCCAAGGCGGCCGAGGAGGCGGCAGGACGGAAAAAGCGGGAGGAGAAGGCGGGGGUGCAGCGCCGAGGCGUCGCGGGUUCUCACGUGGGUCUGAAUAAGGGCAUGGCCGGCUCGAGACCAAAGGCGGAGGAAUCGACGGAGGCGACCGUCACGGAGAAAAUGAAAGAGGCAGACGCCAAGGGGGAUGGUGAGCGGGGUCUGGAGGCGCAGGACACGGACAAAGACCUUCGGAGCGUGGGCAACCUCUGCGGGAGCGUCGUGAGGGAUAUCGCCUCCGGCGCGGCGGCGCCGGAGAAGGUGAAGGAGAGCGGCGCCGCCGCUGCCGCAGCGAUGGACUGCACAGUUGCCUCGGGGUCUCCGGCACCGGUGCCGAGGCUGGAAGGAUCCGCGAAGGUGGCAAACGCAUCGAAGACCCUUCCAUGGAAGGGUGAGCCUGUGCUGGAAAAGGAAUCGGCGGUGUGGGGCACCUCCAAUGGUGCUGUGUCAAGCCGCCGGGCGAAGAACGGCGCCAAGAAGGGCCCUGGUGAGAAAAAAGAAUGA